UUUUGACUAUAUCAAACUAUGUCCGAUACCGAGUGGACAUUGGAUAGUAGUAGCCGAAUAGUAGCCGAUGAGACAUAGGAUCAAAGAAACAUCGCUUUUGUUUACGGGGAGAGUGACAAGGACGGGAGUGAGAGAAAGAAAGGGGAGGGGAAUUGACAUUAAAGCAACACAACAAGGAAACUACACUGCAGAUACAGACGCCUUCAUUUUAUGUUUUUGAAUAAUAGCUCGCCAGCCAGUGUGGCGAAUUGUGUUUAUUGAACCUAUUCUGUGAAUUGCUCUAAAGUGGUCCGAAAAGAGAACCUCUUGGCGGAGUUGGAAAUAAAGCCGCUCUCCGACGCUUUCAGAGAAAUGGGCUCUGAGCCACCCUUGUCUCCACAGGUGGUGGAGGAGGGAGGAGAGGAAGAGGAGGAGGAGCUGAGUGGAGGAGAGGAGUCUGAUCUAAGGACCCCUUCAGGGCGUGGCUCCCUGCUGACUAGGCGAGGCAUCACCUUGAGAGUGCUGCUGAAGGACGGCCUGGUUGAGCCUGGGGACGGAGUGCUGUCCAUACACUACCUGGGUAAGAAGUUUGUAGGCGACCUGUUGAAUGAUGGGAAGAUCCGCUGGGUGGAGACGGGGCAGAUCUUCAAUUCUCCCAGUGCCUGGGCCACACACUGCAAGCGCCUGGUCAACCCUGCCAAGAAGUCAGGCUGUGGAUGGGCCUCGGUGCGCUACCGGGGCCAGAAACUAGUGCAGUACAAGACCAGCUGGCUGCACAAGUACCAGCCCAGUGCAGACAUGAGCCUGGUGAGCGAGGGAGAAGAUGACGAGAUGGGAGAUGAGGAGGAGGAAGAGGGGAAGACGGCAUUGCCGACAGAUGACAAGAACAGGAAGAACAAACCUGAGCUGCAUGAUAUCAGCCUUGUGCCCAGGAGAGGAGACAGAGAGCGAAUCCCAGUCAGAUACUGCACUCUGGGUACCAGGGAUGCUGCAAGGGAUCCACACACGUUGGUGGAGUUAUCAGCUUUCUCAGCCAUUAACAGGUUCCAGCCUUUCAAUGUUGCUGUAUCCAGCAAUGUGCUGCUUCUCAUGGAUUUCCACUGUCACCUGACCACCAGUGAGGUGGUGGGCUACCUCGGAGGACGAUGGGACACUAACACACAACUUCUGACAGUUUUAAGAGCGUUUCCCUGUCGUACACGAUUGGCAGACAGAGAUUCGGCCUCUGCUGUUGAAGAAGAGAUCUGCCAGAAUCUGUUCAUGCGAGGGCUGUCAUUGGUGGGCUGGUACCACAGUCACCCUCGGGGCCCCGCCCUGCCAUCCCUGCAGGACAUCGACUCCCAGAUGGACCACCAGCUGAGGCUCCAGGGGAGCAGCAAUGGCUUCCAGCCCUGCCUGGGCAUUAUCUGUGGCCCCUAUUACCAUGGGAACCAGGGUGUGGCGUCCACUAUAACACCGUUCUGGGUAGUGCCACCCCCGGAGCAAAGGCCCAAUGACUAUGGCAUUCCAGUGGCUGUGGAGGUGACCUAUGUACAAGAUAACUUCCUAACUAGUGAUGUCCUGAAUGAGAUGAUGCUGCUGGUGGACUUCUACAGGGCAGCCCCUGACCUGGUGCAGUUCCAUCAGUUCUGGUGUCCUGAUACCACCAUGAUGGACAAAAUCAAGGGCUCUCUGAGCGGCCAUGCACCCAAAGACCAGGCCUAUUCUCAGAUCCUGGAGCAUGUCUACAACCAACUCAUCAACACACACUAAGCUGGAGGAGAAACACGGUUGUGUAUGCACUGGCUUCAAAUGAAAAUCUCAAAUAACCCAUUCCUCAUAUAGUUCACUACAUUUGUAGGUCUCUAUAUAGGGAAUAGGCUCUACACAGAGAAUAGGUUGUCAUUUCUGCCCUUUGUCUGUGGCACUUGAACUGCUGCCCUGACCUCAGGCAUACUGUAAGUUGGAUGUGCACUGUCCUGACGGAGGAGAUGGUGACUCCUGAGUCUGGAGGGCGAGUGUACUGUUCUCAAUGGCCUUUUCUGACUGUGAGGUCUGUAUCACUGACAAUGUUUGUACAGUAUGACAUGUGCGUGCUGUGAAUGUGUCCCCUAGCGUCUGCUGCCAGUGCUUGACGUCAGACUGUUACAGAAGUUGACAUGGAAAUAAGGAUCUUCCUCUUCUCUAUUACCUGUGGUGUAUUUAUCUAAACUGUGGUCUGUGACAUGUUAGUACUAAUAUGUGAACAAUCCUUUGAACCCGCUGAAUACCUAAUACAUUAAAAACACACACUGGAACUA